AUGUCCACCGUGGCGGAGCGUGCUGCCCUCCGCUCGCUCGACAAUGGCAAGCGGCCAUGCGCGUCGGCGGCGCCGCCAGCCAAGGCGGCGCGACAUAUGGCAGUGGCGCCGGAGGGCGUUGAAGCAGUCACGAUCCGCGUCUCUUCCCUCGCCGCCGCAACCGGCUACCACCCGUGGGCAGAUGCGCACGCCACCUUCCUCUCCGCGCUGUACGGAGGCCGCGCAGGCAGGCAGACGCUCGAGGACGACGGCGAGCUGCUUGGCCUCUCCCUCGUCGACCCCGAGGAGGAGGCGCUCCGGCGCCUCCUCGCCGCCGCGGACGGCCCUGAGAGGAGCGGCGAGGAGCGUGGCGCCCGCCAGCUCGCGAGCGAGCUGGCCGCCGUCCUGGCAGCGGCCGAUCGGCAGCCGCCCUCGGCGGGCGGCGCUGCAGCUGCGGGCGACGCGGCCGCUGCGUGCCUCGCCGCGGCAGCGGCGGAGGGGACGGUAGGGGCAGAGGCGGCGCUCGCUGCCGCGGCCGUCCGCUCACGCCUCAACACCUCGCACGGGUGCCGGAGCGAGGCGUCUGCGCUGCGCAAGUACGAGCAGCGGUUCGGCUGCGCGGUGCGCGACUCGAAUGACGCGCUGCUCGUCUGGCCGAUUGGUGCGGACGCGGAGGAGCCACGCCGGCCGGUGGAGGCGUGGGCGCGCGCUCUCUUCUCGCUCGACCCGUCCUCCCGGCCGGCGGACUACCGCCUGCCCGCUGGCGGCUGGGACGUGCAGGCCCUCUUCUCCGACCUCCGGGUCGCGCGCGGCCGAGCACUCCUCGCGAGCCUGCGCUGCGCGGAGGCGGCCGCCGCUCCCGAGGCGGCGGGCGAGGGACGGCCGCCGGCUCGCCUCAGCCGCGCCGCCGACUAUUGCCACGGCGGUGCCGCGUGGGACAUCUCCGCGCUGAGGGCGGACCUCGCAAUCACGCGCCGCCGGCUGCGGAUCGCCGCGGCGGAGGGGCGGCGCUGCGGGCCGGGGAGGGGCGGGCUGGAGGGCGGCGACUCGGCCUCUCCGCCCCUGCCGCCGCCCCUCGUGCGGCUGGUCGGCGCGGUCGACGGCGUGGCGGACGAGGUUGUGCUCACGCGCGGCGAGGGCGAGGGCGAGGGCGAGGAGAGCUGGGCGCUGCGGACCGUGGUGGUUGAGGUGAAGAGCCGCGUGCGCCGCAUCGCGCGACCGCCCGCGCUGCACGACCAGCUGCAGGCCGUCGCCUACUCGCUCAUGCUGCGUGCCGAGGCGGCGCACCUCGUCCAGACGCUCGGCGAGGAGAUGGACGUUUCCCCCGUCGAGCUGCACGGGCCGCCGAUGUGGCACGCGGCCAACUUCGAGGCGCACGUGCUGCCGCGCCUGCGAGCGUUCGCGGCGGCCGUCCAGGCGAUGCGGGCCGACGUCGCCGCGCGGGUCUCGUACCUCUGUGGCGACGAUCGCUGGCGCGACCGCUUGCUGCGCGAGCGUGGUUGCGGGUUCCUAGUCAAAUGA